GAAAAUUGGUAGGAGUAUUAGUACUAAAAAAAGGGGAGAGAAGCAAAGGAAGGGGCAAAGCGGUAAUCACGGUUGCAUCGGAUUUAAUAGGACAAUCACGUCCGCGUAUCCCAAUCGGAAGGAUCGGAAAGUCUCCCCGCGUUCGAAGCUCGAAUAUAUAACGCAACUUUCGAGGAAGAGGAGGAAGAAGAAGAACGAGUGCCCCCCACCCAUAACCAGAACAAACCGCGUGUUUGUCUUCUCUCUCUCCUCUCUCUCUCUCCCCUCUUUCUCUAUCUGUUCGUUUUACGACAGGACUUUUGCGAAAAGAAAUGGCGGAUCAGCUAACGGACGACCAGAUCUCCGAGUUCAAGGAGGCCUUCAGCCUAUUCGACAAAGAUGGGGACGGUUGCAUCACCACCAAGGAGCUUGGAACUGUGAUGAGGUCCCUGGGGCAGAAUCCAACCGAGGCUGAGCUGCAGGACAUGAUAAAUGAGGUGGAUGCUGAUGGGAAUGGGACUAUAGACUUCCCAGAGUUCCUAAACCUUAUGGCCAGGAAAAUGAAGGAUACUGAUUCCGAGGAGGAGCUGAAAGAGGCUUUCCGAGUUUUUGACAAGGAUCAGAAUGGGUUCAUCUCUGCUGCUGAGCUGCGCCACGUCAUGACUAACCUCGGGGAGAAGCUUACUGACGAAGAAGUUGAUGAGAUGAUUCGGGAGGCUGAUGUUGAUGGUGACGGCCAGAUCAACUACGAGGAGUUCGUGAAGGUCAUGAUGGCCAAGUGAUGACCGACGACCACCCUUUUUCUCCUCGUACCAAAAAGGUAAGAAACGGAACGAUUAUAACUGUCCUGGGUAAUGGGCUAAACAAUGAACAGGGUUUUAAGUAGUGUAACGGAUUUCUAGCUUCCUUUUGUCAAUGUUUUAUUAUCAGGGCUGUUUUUGGAAUUAUUAAACCUUCUGAAGGAUGUAGUGGUCUGUUAUUCUCAUCUUGGUGAAAACUUCCUCGCUGUUCUUAUAAAAUGUCUAUUAUGACU